GAUCAAUGCACAUUUAAUUUAUUUAUUUAUUUAUUUGCGUCACUCCUUUUCACCUUCCCAUCAUUCCCCUGAAACCCCACGCACACUCGCCACAGACACCAGAUGAGACCUGGUCAGACCCGAUGUCCGUCUGACGCCAUCUACCGGUCCCCCAUCCGAACUGCCUGGCUGAUCCGGUCUUCGUCAACCAACCAGGAAAGAGGGUUUGCCACGAUCUGGACUGAGGCGGAUGAGACCAGAAACCUUUGUUCCGUCUCUCUCCUCCCAAUGCGAGAAUCAAAAACAAGAAGCCCGUCCAGAAAACAAAAACAAUUGCGCUCGCAUUUUUGGUUGGUUUGCGAACGCAGGUGUUUGUUUUUGUCAAUCAAAAAUCAUCAGAAUUUAUUGAUUUAGCCUUUGUACACAUUUUUUUUUUCUCGUGAUAGCCGCAAACCCGUGGGGGACAUCUGGCAGAAUUUUUUUUUUUUUUUUGUUCUGUCAGCAGCUAAAUGGAAAUAAAACGCGGGACUGAAAGCGGAAGCGACCGAGACAAUGAUCUCCCAAUCCAUUAUGUGCGUCUCCUGGCCCCACCCUUGCAGCUUUUUUCAGCUGCAGUGUGGCAAGUUGUGCAGCAGGGACUUGUCGAUCACUAUGGGAUGCUGGAGGAGUUUGUUACCAUGGUGACGGAGCUGGUCCCAGAGCUGAUGAGCUAUAGCCAGAGGGCUCAGCUCAUCCUGGGGCUCAGGGCCAGGCUGGUUCUGGAGAUGUGUCGAGGCGAACACCCAGUGGACAUGCAGACCAUUCAGCCACAUCUGGACAGAAUAAAGGCUCCUGUCAGCACUGCCAAGGAUCACCAUGUAACCAUAGACCAGGUGGAGGAGUCUGAGGUGAACUUUGUGGAGCUGGUGCAUUCAUUACUGGAGGAUCCCUCUGAAAGAAAAUACUUUUUCCAGGAAAUCUUCCCUGUAUAUUUUGGAUCAAAGUACGAUGCAGCGCUUGAGAUGCUGGUGUGGGAGUUUAUAUCAAGACUGGAGGAGCUGGUUCCUGUUCCAGACUUCACACAGUUGGCAGCUUCUCUCAAAGACACUCCGUCAUUCCUCGACGAAUGUUUACAAUCCUUUUUCCCACCGGAGAACAUGAAGGCUGUACUUGAACACCACAGAAACCUCGGUCACUUUGAAGAGAAAGAUCCUAGGUUAUUACCAAUGGACGACUGCAUCCUGUCUUCCCUAUCGCUGCCUCCCGGGACCAAACCUGCCACGGACGCAUCCUCCUGCUCACCUGCUCUCAAAGACUCCGCCCCUCCGGAGCACGAAGGACUUCUUGGCGAUCCCGUCAACACGAGCAGCCUGGAAAAGUCGAGCAGGAGGACGUCCGAGGCGAUCAGACCAAGGCCGAGGGAGACGAGGCAGUCGAAGGUCGGGGGCGGGAACACUUCUCAGGAGAGGAAAUCUCUCGGUACACAGCCAUGUGACGAAACCAUAGACCUCACAACGUUCAAUGACGCCGCGGACAUGGAUUCAGAAGCCAGCGAGAGCAGCCAAAGCUUGAAGGCGGAACGGGUUUUCAGGAAGAGGAAGCGGAGCGAAGAUGUCGACGUUCCUCCGAAGCAGUCUGUAGACGCUUCGGCUUUCUUGGAUUCCUCGAUGGAUGACGAGAAUUCAGGUGAAUCUCCUCUGAUCUCCAUAUGGGGAGAAUAUACAGACUCUCAGGAAGGUUCUUUCCCAGUCGUGGCGGACACGAAAGUUCCCUGGUCGGACGAGGAGACGCUCCAUCUGCUCGACAUCUGGGGGAAGGACUCUGUGCAGCGGGCUCUGAAGGGCUGCCUGAAAAACCGGCACAUAUUUACUCAAAUCGCGCAGAAGAUGGUGGAGAGGGGCUACAUGAGGACGGUGGAACAGUGCCAGACGAGGAUCAAAACGCUGAAGAAAUGCUUCAGACAGAACAAAGGGAACUCCAAGGAGCGUAAAUUUUACGCCCAGCUGGAGCAGGUCCUCGGCUCCUCGGCUUCCUCUGCGGUCCCCGAGGUCACCUUCGAGGUCGAGGAAGUCGUCGAUGAAGACGACUCCCAAGACGGAGACGAGGACUUGCAGUUUGUCGGGCAAACGGGCCAACUGGAAACUGGAACCAGAAGCGUUCCCUGGACGGACCUGGAGACUCUGGCCCUCAUCAACACAUGGGGGGAAGACAAGAUGAAACAGGAGCUGAGAGGAAUCCACAGAACGGGCCACAUUUUUUCCAACAUAUCCAACAAGAUGGCCACCCAGGGCUUUUCCAGAACACCAGAGCAGUGUCAGACGAGACUCAAGAGGUUGAGAUCAAAUUUCCGACAGUGCUACCAGAACAAACUGAAAGGACAAGAGCAGGCUGAGUGCAAAUUUUACAAGGAACUGGGAAGGAUUUUAGUGAAGGACUUCUCUGCGGUGCAGCAGCUGGAUGAAAUAACAGUAGAGGCUGAAGAGGACUUUUCAGUCUACGGUCACCAGGACAACGAGUCAAUUGCGGGAGUCCCAGAGGACAGGAAAAAAGUCCCUUGGUCGGACAAAGAGACGAUCAUCCUUCUAGAGAUCUGGGGAGACCCACAGGUUCAGCAUUGCCUGAAACGCUACCCGCACAACGGUCACAUCUUCACUGAGAUAUCGGAGAAACUCGGAGCCAACGGUUACUCCCGCAGCGCAGAGCAGUGCCACACCAGGAUCAAACGACUAAAAGCCAACUACCGGCAUUGUCAGGAAAACAUGAGCGCAUCUGGUACGGAUAAGGUCGACUUUAAAUUCUACGAUCUGCUGGAGCAGAUUCUGGACAAGGAGCCGCCGACUUCGUCCGCUUUGGUGACGGACUCCAUUGAGAUAUCGGAAGACUCGAAUGGUGAAUCGGCGAGUGAAAGAGAUGGCGAGGCCGACAUGUCGCCGGAGAAAUCGGCGCCCGGCUCGUGGUCGGACGAGGAGACCCUGGCGCUCAUCGAUAUCUGGGGCGACGAAGAAGUUCAGAAGGCGCUGAGGGGCUUCGUCCACAACGGGCACGUCUACGCGGACAUUUCGGAGCGGAUGCAGGACCUCGGCUUCUCGAAAACCUCAGAGCAGUGCCGCUGGAAAGUCAAGUCGCUGAGGACCAACUUCCGGCAGUGCUACGACAGGAAGAAAUGUGGAAGAAGAGUAGAUUAUAAGUUCUACAGCCAGCUGGAAGAAAUACUUGGGCAGGAGGCGGUUUCCCUCGAUGAGUACGAUGAAAAAGACGACCAGGCCGACCAGGAUUCAGGUGGUGGCGAAGGCGUGAACACGGCGUGGACAGAGCAGGAGACGGUGGCUCUGAUCGAGGUGUGGGCCGCGGACGACGUGCAGCACAGCCUGAAAACGUGCGUCCGCAACGGGCACAUAUUUGCGGAGAUAUCGGAGAAGAUGGCCGCCAUAGGCUACCUGAGGACGGCGGAGCAGUGCCACACGCGCAUUAAAAGGCUGAAGAAGACGUACAGGCGUUACUGCAAUAACUGGAGAAGCGGCGGGCGGCCCACGGUGUUCCGAUACUUCAACCUUCUUGCUCCGGUGCUCGGUAAUAACUCUGCGUUCACUCAGGUGGACAGCGCGGUUGCCGACGUCCCAUUACAGUCCCUCAUUGACGACGAUUCCGUCUUGUACGAGGAGCCUUCAACCAGCCACCUCCUCGCCGACCAGAGCAGAAAGAUGCCCUGGUCGGACCAGGAGACUCGCACCCUCCUGGAGAUCUGGGGUCAGGACAACGUCCAGCUCACCCUGAGGGGCUCCCUGAGGAACCGACAUGUGUUUGAGUACGUCUCGGAGAAGAUGAGCGACCACGGGUUCAUCAGGACGUCGGAGCAGUGCUACACGCGAAUUAAGCGCCUUAAGUUCGGCUUCGCCCAUGAAAGGGAGGAAUUUAAGUUCUUCAGGGAAAUGGAGAAAAUCAUAAAGAAGGAGCUGAAGGUGGACGACUCGGUAGCAGACGUCUCGCUUGUAGAUGAAGCGGAGGAUUUUGAACCUGAAUCAGACCAAGCGAAAGGUGAAACAAAAUCUAACAAGUGGGUGCCUGACAGCUCUAAGCUGCCUUGGAGUGACGGUGAGACCGAGACGCUCCUGGAAGUUUGGGGGAGCGAGGAGAUCCAGGAGAACCUGAAGGGCUGCACUAAGAACAAACCCAUCUUCAUCCAGAUCUCUCAGGUCAUGGCCAGUCAGGGUUACCCGCGUACUCCCGAACAGUGUCAGUCCAGGAUAAAGAGGCUUAGGGCCAAUUUCAGACACUUCCUGGAAGGCAGAAAAGGCGAUAAGCAGGAGUGCAAGUUUUUUGAGCAGCUGGUGAAGGUGUUUGGCACAAAGUACGUAAUGAACACGGAUCCUCUGGCUGACGAUGCAGCUGAAGUCACAGAGUCAUGAACUGACUCGCGAUCAAGAUGACAGAGCAGCAACAGACGGACAAAGAAGAACAUGCAGAAGAAGAAUCCCAAGGACAUUUACUGCUGUGUUGUUUGCAUACGGCUGAAGAGGGCCUGUUUGACCUCACUCGUAUUUAUAUUUCCUUCUGUACAUACUUCAGAUAUGUUUACAUUUUUGCCACACAAAGACCAAGUUUAGGCUGAAAGGCUGUGUCUGUGUGUGUCUGUGUGUGCGUGCGUGUGUGUGUCUGUAUGUUUCUGAACUUUUGUGAUUAUUAAUAACAGAGCCAUGACGUAGAAACCGGGACGCUCAGGGGGCCAGAUAUGAAUCCUUGACCUGGUGGACGUCGCACAAAUUGCCAUGCUCCUCCAAACUACUUGUUUUUUUUCUAGUAUUUAAUUUUUUGUACUUUAUCUUAAAUUGAGUGAAAGCAUACAGAAAAAGAAAUAUACACAGAGCCUCUAUGACACUAACCACGAUUUUCGCUUUUUAGGUCUUAAUUCAUGUCUCACUGGUUCGAUUUUAACGCCUCGUUUGCACUUGUUUGUAAAGUUUAAUAUCUGUGUUGUUGGAUUCCUUAAAUUAAUCCUCUUUUUGUAGGAGUUAAAUCUCGUCCAGAUUUUUAUUUAUUUAAAUUAUUUACAUAUGAUGUUGCUCCAGAGUUUUACUUUGAACGUGUUACUCUUUAAACCUUAUUGACAUUUGGGCCUCAAACAUGUAGACUCUUCUGUUAAAAGAAAAAAAAAAAAAAACAUUAAAAGGAACCUUGAAAUGUG